AUUUUUCUUAAUUAGACCAACUCAUAAGGAUAUGACCAAUACAGUAGUACUAUUAAAAAAAGAAAAUUGCGGGCCUGAUUGAACUACGAGACAACGUCAUCCAGUAAUUGAUACAUAAAAAGUGUGACAACUAUCGAGAAAUACUAGAAGGAAAUUAAAAUGCAAGACAAUAGAGUACACGUAACACCAACAAAUGUUGUAGUUCAGACUAGAGAAUCUGACACAAGACCAUUUGAUUGGACAGUUCCGGCAUUUUGUGUUUAUUGUUGCUGUUGUUGGCCUCUCGGAAUUAUUGCUAUGGUUUAUGCACACGAUGCAAAUACAGCAGCUGACCAUGGUGACUUUGAACAUGCUCACAAAAGCGCAACCAUUGCCGGAGUCCUGACCGUUGCAAGUUUUCUAUGUGGUGUUGGUGCUAUUGUUGCAAUAGUUGUGAUCGUCCUUACUUAAAUCAUAUAAUAAGAUGUAACUUGGAACAUUUUAACUAUAAUUCUUGAUAGAU